AUGCUGACCACCGGAUUUAGGCGUCAGUUUCUGAUCCGAUUCCACCGAUAUUGUUCAACUUCGCUUGGGGAAGCGAAAUCAAGUCGACAGGAACGAUUCGAAGCUCAUAAAGAAGUGAAAACAACAGAUCGUGCUCCAUUAGGUGAUCAAAAGACUUUGUACUUGCGACAUCAAAAGCACAAAAUGAGAUCAUCAGGCGACACUCGAUUGUAAGUUUUGAGGUUUUAAAUAUUUUUAGUAUAGGUGGUAUCUUGGGUUGAAAUUUAGUUUUAUAUGCAAUGUUGUAUUUUUUGAUUACUAGGGUUUAGCGUUAAUCAAUCCACGAUUGCAAGCGGAUUUCUUACUUGUGAUUACUUUCACAGCGCUAAAAUUAACGUCAUUUGCAACUUGGGACUUGUCUCUAUGCAAUUUUCAUUACUGAUAAUGACUACAUUUUUUACAAGUAAUAUGAAUUGAUUUUCUAUAUAAACAGCUUUUAUCGGUAUUUUAGAAAUUUUACUUUACUUUUUUAGUGGUGCUUACAACCAAGGGUUCGGAAGCUAUAGCAACACCUAUAGCGGUCCAGGAUAUGGCGGCGGACCUGCUGGUGGAUUCGGAGUUAGUGGCUACGGCGGAGCUUCACGUGCGUUUGGCGCUGGAGGAUUUCCUGGACAAGGUUUGAGAGAAGUUCCGUACAACACCCAAGAACUGGCCAAGAUUGACAAGGACUUUUACACCGAAAGUCCGGCUGUUACCCAAAGAUCUGGCGAGGAACUUCAGGGUUGGAUUGAAAACAACCAGGUUAGUUAAUCCUCUGGUCUUCUUAUUUUUAGGCAUUAUGUGUGUGUGAAGUAUUUUUGAAUUAUCUUAUAUUUGGUUGCUUUAGGUAACAUUGAGCGGAAAGAACAUUCCUCGACCUGUCUUCAACUUUGACGAAGCUGGAUUUACCCCGGAGAUUGAGCGAAGUUUGUUGCAGAACUAUCAGCAACCAACCGUCAUUCAAUCUAUCUCAUGGCCUGUGGCUAUGUCUGGUCGUGACAUCGUGUCUAUCGCCAAGACUGGUAGUGGAAAGACUCUUGGAGUAAGUUAAUGUAAUCUUUUUAAUUUUUUAAUUUGCGUUUUUCAUAUAUUAAUUAAUUUUUUUUUAGUUUUUGUUGCCGGCUAUCAUGCACAUUCUGCGCCAGGAAAGACGUUCACCACGUGGAGGUCCAGGAGCUCUUGUCAUGCUUCCAACUCGUGAAUUGGCGCAACAAGUCGAAGAAGUUGCGAGAGUUUACUGUCCGCUCAUGGGCCUUGAUGUAACCUGUCUGUUUGGUGGAGCUCCAAAGACUUCUCAAUUGAACGAUUUGCGUCGUGGUGUUGACAUCGUCAUUGCUACGCCUGGUCGUCUUUUGGACUUCUUGGAAGCUGGUGCCACUAACAUGCAAAGAUGCAGUUACUUGGUUUUGGAUGAAGCUGAUCGUAUGUUGGACAUGGGUUUUGAACCUCAGAUCAGAAAGAUUGUUGGUCAAAUUCGUCCUGAUCGUCAGACUUUGAUGUUCAGUGCUACAUGGCCGCGUGAAGUCAGAACUUUGGCUAUGGACUUCCAGACCGAACCAGUCUUUUUGAACGUUGGAUCCUUGGAAUUGAGUGCCAACCACAACAUCACCCAAUACGUCGAAGUUGUCCAGGAAUACAGCAAGCCUCAAAGAUUGUUCCAGGUUCUUACUCAAAUUGCCCAAGAGGUGAGUUACUUUUUAAAUCUUUUUGAUUUUUUGGUCUGUUGUAUUUUACAUUGGACUUGUUUUAGCUCUUAUUACAUUUAUUAUUUUCAGAAGGAAAACAAAACCCUUAUUUUCACACAAACCAAGAGAAAGGCCGAUGACCUGACCAGUGCUAUGCGCAGAGACGGAUGGCCAGCUUUGUGCAUUCACGGUGACAAGUCUCAAGGUGAACGUGAUUGGGUAAUGAGCGAGUUCAAGACUGGAAAUGCUCCAAUUCUUCUGGCUACUGAUGUGGCUUCACGUGGACUUGAUGUCAGUGACAUUAAGUUUGUCAUCAACUACGACUAUCCCAACAACUCUGAGGAUUAUGUGCACAGAAUUGGACGUACUGGAAGAAGAGACAACAAGGGAACUGCCUAUACCUUCUUCACUCAGACUGAUGCUCCAAAAGCCAAGGACUUGAUCAAGGUAUUGGAAGAAGCCAGUCAGAACGUUCCUGACGAGUUGAGAGAGAUGGGAUCUGGUGGAGGUUCCUUCAAGUCUUCCUUCGGUCGUCGUCCAGGUCCUCCAUCUGGAGGUGGUGGCUACGGAGGUGGAUAUGGCAGUGGUGGAAACCGUGGAUACGGCGGUGGCGGCUACGGAGGUCGUUACUGA